GCAAGGAGGAGGAAGCCACCGGUGCGUCGGGACAGGAACGCAGGUGUUCGGAGCGCCCGAGCUGGAGCUCCGAAGCCGCUAGUCAUGUACCGCUCCACCAAGGGCGCCUCCAAGGCGCGCCGCGACCAGAUCAACGCUGAGAUCCGGAACCUCAAGGAGCUGCUGCCGCUGGCCGAAGCGGACAAGGUCCGGCUGUCCUACCUGCACAUUAUGAGUCUUGCCUGCAUCUACACUCGCAAGGGCGUCUUCUUCGCUGGAGGCACUCCUCUGGCGGGCCCUACAGGGCUUCUCUCAGCUCAAGAGCUUGAAGACAUAGUGGCAGCACUACCUGGCUUUCUGCUUGUGUUCACAGCUGAGGGGAAGCUGCUAUAUCUGUCUGAGAGUGUGAGCGAGCAUCUGGGCCACUCCAUGGUGGACCUCGUUGCCCAGGGUGACAGUAUCUACGACAUCAUUGACCCAGCUGACCACCUAACUGUGCGCCAGCAACUCACUCUUCCCUCUGCCCUGGACAGCGAUCGCCUCUUCCGCUGUCGCUUCAACACUUCCAAGUCCCUCAGGCGCCAGAGCGCAGGCAACAAACUGGUGCUUAUUCGAGGCCGAUUCCACGCUCACCCACCUGGGGCCUACUGGGCAGGAAACCCUGUGUUCACAGCUUUCUGUGCCCCACUGGAGCCAAGACCACGCCCUGGCCCUGGCCCUGGCCUUGGCCCUGCCUCACUUUUCCUGGCCAUGUUUCAGAGCCGUCAUGCUAAAGACUUGGCCCUACUGGACAUCUCUGAGAGUGUCCUAAUCUACCUGGGCUUUGAGCGCAGUGAACUGCUCUGUAAAUCAUGGUAUGGACUGCUGCACCCUGAGGACCUGGGCCACGCUUCUGCUCAACACUACCGCCUGUUGGCUGAGAGUGGAGAUAUUCAGGCAGAGAUGGUGGUGAGACUGCAGGCCAAGCCUGGAGGCUGGGCAUGGAUUUAUUGCCUGUUAUACUCAGAAGGUCCAGAGAGCCCCAUUACUGCCAAUAACUACCCAAUCAGUGACACGGAAGCCUGGAGCCUCCGCCAGCAGCUGAACUCUGAAGACACCCAGGCAGCAUAUAUCCUCAGCACCCCAGCCGUGCUGCCCUCAUUCCCUGAGAACAUCCUCUCCCAGGAGCAGUGCUCCAGCUCUAACCCACUCUUCAACCCUGCCCUGGGGGCUCCCAGAAGCACCAGUUUCCCCAGUGCUCCUGAGCUGGGUGCUGUCUCAACAUCAGAAGAGCUUCCUCGACCCCCCAAAGAGCGGGGCUUCAGUUACAUGACAUUCUCAUCUGGCCCUGAGCCUUCUCUUCAAGCAGAUCUGAGCAAGGAUCUUGUGUGCACCCCACCCUACACGCCCCACCAGCCGGGAGGCUGUGCCUUCCUCUUCAGCCUCCAUGAGCCCUUCCAGACCCACUUGCCCACUCCAUCCAGCUCUCUCCAAGAACAGAUGACUCCAAGCACCGCAACCUUCUCUGACCAAUUGACACCCAGCAGUGCAACCUUCCCAGAUCCACUGACUAGUCCACUACAAGGCCAGCUGUCUGAAACUUCAACCAGAAGCUAUGAAGAUCAGUUGAAUCCCUGCACCUCCACCUUCCCAGAUCAGCUGCUUCCCAGCACUGCCACCUUCCCAGAGCCUCUGGGCAGCCCUGCCCAGGAGCAGCUGACUCCUCCUAGCACGGCAUUCCAAGCACAUCUGAACAGCCCCAGCCAAACUUUCCCAGAACAACUGAGCCCCAGUCACACCAAGACUUACUUCGCCCAGGAGGGAUGCAGUUUUCUCUAUGAGAAGUUGCCCCCAAGUCCUAGCAGCCCUGGUAAUGGGGACUGCACACUCCUGGCCCUAGCCCAGCUCCGGGGCCCCCUCUCUGUGGACGUCCCCCUGAUGCCCGAAGGCCUACUUACACCUGAGGCCUCUCCAGUCAAGCAGAGUUUCUUUCACUACUCUGAGAAGGAGCAGAAUGAGAUAGAUCGUCUCAUCCAGCAGAUCAGCCAGUUGGCUCAGGGCAUGGACAGGCCCUUCUCAGCUGAGGCCAGCACGGGUGGGCUGGAGCCACUUGGGGGGCUGGAGCCCCUGGACUCCAACCUGUCCCUGUCGGGGGCUGGCCCCCCUGUGCUCAGCCUGGACCUGAAACCCUGGAAAUGCCAGGAGCUGGAUUUCCUGGCUGACCCUGAUACUAUAUUCCUGGAAGAGACGCCCGUGGAAGACAUCUUCAUGGAUCUCUCUACUCCAGACCCCAAUGGGGAAUGGAGUUCAGGGGAUCCUGAGGCAGCGGUCCCAGGAGGGGCCCCAUCGCCUUGCAACAACCUGUCCCCAGAAGACCAUAGCUUCCUGGAGGACCUGGCCACAUAUGAAACCGCCUUUGAGACAGGUGUCUCAGCAUUCCCCUACGAUGGGUUUCCUGAUGAGUUGCAUCAACUCCAGAGCCAAGUUCAAGACAGCUUCCAUGAUGAUGGAAGUGGAGGGGAACCAACGUUUUGA